AUGCAAAAGAACCUCUGCCAAUAUCCCGAGCUUGCUUGCCAGCACGGCUUCGCCAUGUUGCCCAGCGACAGUGCGGCGGCUCUCGUCUCAAGCCCGACCGGGCUGCGGGCUUGGGUACACUACAUGCGCGUCAGCGUCGGCAGGGAGGAGCAGCUCGAGCUAGUGCAUUACUUGACGUCGACUGCAGCGGGAAAACGGCCAUCAAGGAGCAUAAGCGAGGCCAGGAGGGAACGGCACCAGCAGGCCGUGUCCCUUGAACAUCAGGGCAUCUAA